AUGCUAGUUUAUGGGCAGAAUGCUGUUGCCACACAAAAGCAAGUACAGGGGUGCUUCGCUCCCGCACGAAGGCUCCGGCUGUCGCCUCUGCUGCUUUGGCCCACCUCUGCUGCCUCACCUUGCCGCAAUAGUGCCAUUUCCUUGCUUCAGCCAGCACAGGCUGCACUAUGUGCACCAUUUCUUGUACCACCUUCUACGGCAGACUUCCAGCCCUACCAUGAGCUGCCUGGAUGCUCCCUGGCAGGCAAGGUGCACCCCGGUGGAAGAACUGCUCCCGGACGACCAGCUUUGGGAUAUGGAACCAACUUUCCUACCAACGUCCGCAGGCCACUGUCAAUCUGCCCGUCUUCUUUUUCCUUCACUC